AUGACUAUGAGCACCAUCGCAGAUACAUCGCCGGAGGAGAAAUCCAGGCCAUCGACGCCCAGCAGUAUGCCGGCGGAAAUCACGUCGAAAGCACUAGCGGAAGCCACUCCAUGGAUCGACAGCGCCGUGCAACAAGCUCUAAGUUACCAAAAGAUCGCAGAAGAGAAGCUCGACGCUUUCAUUGAAACCUCCAGAUCCCGCAUCUCUGAAAUUCGCUCCACUGGUUCCGCCCACCUUGAUCAGACAAUCUACUCUAUACAAUCUGCCGUGUCGGAGCUUGGUGUUUACGAGGCCUUGGCGUUUGCAAAGCUUAACGAGGGUGUUAAGAUUGCAGCUUCACAUCCACUUAUCACAACUGGGGUUACUUCCGGCUUGGGGCUUGUGCUGCUUAAGAGACCAAGGCGAUAUAUUUACUACAAAGGCGUACGCCUUUUUUCGAGCGAAGAGACAUUGCUUUCUCAUGCUGAUGCUAAAGUAAAAGACUUGCGCCAGUCUAUUAGUCGCCUCAAGGCUGAGAGUGAAAAACUGGAGCGAACAACAUCACUAGCUGAAGAACAGUUCAUUAACGGAAGGGUGAAACUCAGAGAUGCAGGGAAGCGGAUCCAGGGUAUGAUUCGUUCAGCCUAUAAGAUUGAAAGGCAAGCUGCAGGCUUGAAGGAUGUUCUCCGGGAACUGCCAGGCAGAGAAGCAUAUCGGUUUCUGUCACAUGUUAAUGACCUCACUUCUGAGGUGAAGAAAGAGAAGCAUGUAUUGACCAAGGAGGUGACGAAGAUCAGCAACUUUGGCAUCUCAGUAUGA